AUGUCCCGUCCCGCACAACAACAGCCACCGUACGAAGACGAUCCCCUGAACCCGAAAGUUGCGGCGUCAGCCCUGGAUCUCCUACUCAUCGAGCUCGUGCCUCUGGCGCAAAGAAUAACGGAACAUCUUCUUGCGCGCGAGCAGGCUAUCUUGGACGAAUAUAAACGUAGUAGGCUGUUCAAUAGGACCGCGAGUAAGGUGCCUGCAAAAUCGCAAGCGUCUACUGUCACUAACGGAGCUGGGAGCUUGACUGUCGCUGGCGCAAGAGGAGGUGUUAUUGGUGGUGGGGCAGAGGACGGUGUUGUGGUUGGGUCAGAGGGGAAGGCCGAAGUGAAGGAUCAUAAAGAUGGCGAGGAGCACGCAACGACGAGUCUGGGUUUCCCAAUCAUGAGUGAGGAGACGAGGGAGAGGGUGUUUUGGAGGUUAGAUGGGAUGGGGUAUCGCGUCGGACAGGGUUUGGUUGAGCGCUUCUCAGUAAACAAACCUCGCCCCACAACGCCUUUAGAAGCGAUCAAGUUCAUCUGCAAAGACCUCUGGAUCCUCGUCUUCAGAAAGCAAAUCGAUAAUCUCAAGACUAAUCACCGAGGGAUUUUCGUGCUGACGGAUACCAAGUUUCAACCUUUGGGGAGGAUGAGUGUGGAUCGAAGGACCGGAAUCAGAGGAGCCGAGGAGGCGUUGGCUAGGGCGCAGACGUACUUAUACUUCCCUUGUGGAGUGAUACGUGGUGCGUUGGCUGGCCUGGGAGUCGAGGCUACGGUUGAGGCGAGCUCGACGGAGAUACCGACUGCGACGUUUCAGAUCAAGCAGAAGGGUGCUAAGGCUUGA